UCUCCCCAGGUUCUCCGGGACGUCUCUGGGGUGGCCCCCGGGGGAGUGGGCCGCCAGCUGCUGCAGAAGCCGACCCCAGCACCAGCACAGCACCCCCCGGUGCGGUACCCCCUGACCGGUGAGCCCCGGAUCCUCUUCUGGGCCCAGAACUUCUCCGUAGUCCAGGGCAGCAAGUGGGUCGACCUGACGUCCCAGACGUUCGGGGCUGAGGCCUCCGUUGAUGUGAGCGGCUCAUCCUGGAGCUCCAAUGACUCCCGGCUGGUGCUGAAGUAUGCGAAUGUUCUUGGGUCCCCUCUGACUGCCACGUUCCACAUGACCAGCCGGUGGUUUCCUGUCUCGGGCCGGGACUGGUUCCAGCUGAACCGCCUGGAGCUAGCGACGCCCUCGGCCAGACCCACUGUCUUCAACGCCUCGCAGGUGACGGCCCCCAGCAACUAUUCCUGGCACUGCGCCCACCUCAGCAGCCUGCCGGGCUUCGGGGCUGGGCUUCGGGGCCACGGCCCCAGCCCCAGCUGGGGGGUGCUGCUCCAGGAUGUGCAGGUACCGGCUGGGACGCCUGG